AAAAAAAAAAAAAAAACUUUUCUCCUCUUGUUUUUUUUUUCUUUUGGUGAAAAAAAAGUUUUUUUUCGCUACAACACAAUCCUCUGGGUAUUUUCCUUUUUGUUGCCUUGUGCUGCGUCACUUUCUGUUCGUUCUCUCCUCUCGUUUCCUUCUAAUCCUUCUCUCUCUCUCUCUCUUAUCAAUCUCUGAACAUUCAAUCUUGAAAUUAGAGUUCUUGAUUUCACCCUUCUUUUCUCCAAUACCCAUUUUAUCGAAUUUCUACCUGAUUCUUGGGAAUUUCCCUCUGUAUCCAUCCCCUGUAAAUUCUGGAUUCUGGGUCUUCCUCAAAACAGUCUUUAUUUCACCAAAACCAGAAAAAAUCCCGAUUACCGCCUAAACCGAACCGGUUAUACCCCAAUGGCCCCGCCGUUAUUUCCACUCCGGUGGGAGAGCACCGGAGACCAGUGGUGGGACGCGGCGCCGAUCGACAUCGCCGCCGCGAACGGCUUAUUCGACGUCGUUUUGGAGCUCCUCCACCAAGACGCCAACCUCCUCAUCAAGCUCACCUCCCUCCGCCGCAUCCGCCGCCUCGAAUCCGUGUGGGACGACGGCGACGGCGAUGACGUGGCGCAAAACAGAUGCCACGUGGCACGGAAGCUUCUAGAAGAGUGCGAAUCAUCCGGCGAUGGCGGAGGCAACUCCCUCGUCAGAGCUGGUUACGGCGGGCGGCUCCUGUACACGGCGGCUUCCGCCGGAGAUUUGGGGUUCGUGAAGAAGCUUGUGGGGAGAGACCCACUACUCGUAUUCGGAGAAGGAGAGUAUGGCGUCACCGAUAUCCUCUAUGCGGCGGCGCGUGGGAGAAACCGUGACGUUUUCCAGCUGAUUAUGGACUUCGCUUUGUUGCCAGCGGGAAUCUCCUGCGAAGGUGAAAAGGAAGAAGAAGAGAAGCUGACGGAGAAACAGUUGGCUGUGAAAGAGGAGAUGGCGAAGAGGGGCAUUCAUGGAGCUGCGAGAGGAGGACACGUGGCGUUGAUGGAGGAGCUAUUGCAUUCGUGGAGAUACGACAUCGUUUUGGGCCUCAGAGACGCCCAAGGCGCCUCCCUCUUGCACUCUGCCUCGAGCAGCGGCCAAGUUGAAGUUGUGGAGUAUCUAAUAUCAAAGUAUGAGAAAAUCACAAAUGCAAAAGACAGAAACGGGAACACGGCUUUACAUGUAGCGGCUUACAAGGGCCAUUUACCUGUCGUGAAAGCGCUGUUGCGGGCAUCUCCUUCGUUGAUGUCCGUUUCCAACAGCAAUGGCUACACCUUCCUCCACUCGGCCGUGUCCGGUUUCGCCGUUUCUGGAUUCAAGAGACUCGACCGUCAGAUGGAGCUCUUGACCCAUCUUGCUUCCGGAAUCUUCACGAACGUCCGACAGAUCGUCAACUUCAGGAACAAUAACGGAAAAACAGCUCUUCAUUUGGCCGUGAUGGAGGGUAUUAACGCCGUUAGAGUGGAAAUCGUCGAGCUUUUGAUGAAAAUUCCCGGCAUUGAUCUGAAUGUUAUUGAUUCGGAUGGUAUGACGCCGGUUGAUCUGCUUCAGAAGCAACGGCCUAAGUCUCCGUCUACCGAGAUCUUGAUCAAACGGCUCGUUUCAGCCGGCGGCCGAUCCAACGGACCGGAAAGGGGUUACAUGCCCAGAGAAGAGUAUGGAUUCUGCGGAAGUCCGGGAACUUUGUUCAAGAUUUCCGAUUCCGAAAUCUUUCUAUUCGCCAGCCCCGACGAAAGAGAUAGUUACGAUACCACCAAUGCGAAUUCAGUGCCCACGAAACAGAAAUGGGCAGGGUCUCGCCUGAAGCUUCUGUUACGUCCGGCCGCGAAAAGAGAAGAAACCGGUAAAGAUUGCGACUUUUCCGGCGAAAAUGACUGGAGAGAUGGGCGCGUGACUCUAAGAGAGAUGUAUUCAAGAUCGCCAUCCUAUAAAGGAAGCGAAGGAAGAACGAUUUCGAUGAGAAGCAACAAUGGCGAUCUCCCGAGUUUAUCGGUAAGGAUGAAAUUCACAGAAGGGUUGAUGAAAGGCGUCGUGGUUCAUAAGACGCCUCGAUUCAUAUUCUCGCCUCCGAUCGCCGAUUUCUCGGGAGUAUCGUCAGGUUAUACGACGCCGGAGAUGUCAGAAAGAACCGACAAAACACCGGUUUCGAUGAAGAAACAAGGUGGUUCUUCUCCAAGAGACAAGAAGUUCGUGAACAGGUAUUUAUGCUUCGGAGCUCAAGGGUUAGCCAUGGAACAUUCUGAGAAGAGUGCUUCUCCUAGCUCUCGUCUUCGGAGUUUCAGGCGAGCGAUUUCUUUUGUUUCUUGAUUGAUCCAGUUUCUUGGAUCACAAGUAAGCUGCAUUUCCGGUGUUACGAUGUGGUCCGAACAAAAAAAAAACGCAGGGUUCAUUUGUUGGAGAAUCGAUAGGCAAAGAUCCCAAAUCUGGUUUAA